AGGAAACUCAUGAUCUGAUAAGCUUAAAUCUUCAUCUGCUGCAUUGUAUCAUUUCAAUUUGGGUCCACAGGAGAGAAGAUAAAGAGGUUGGAGCAUUACAAGAGGGAGUGGGGCAUGCAUAGCUUUUCUUCGCUGACAUGAUGAGCAUCAUGGAGGCCAUCAACUUACAUGCACCAAACCACACUAUAUAUGGACCUCUGCAACUGCUCAUACAGCAACAUUGGCAGAGUCGUCUGUCCUCCACAGCUGCAGCUAUGAGCUUUGCUGUGACCAGAACAAGCCGGUCUUUGGUCACUCCAUGCGGGGUCACGCCGACGGGCUCGCUCGGCCUCUCCGCCAUCGACCGGGUGCCCGGCCUCAGGCAUAUGGUGCGGUCGCUACACGUGUUCAGGCACGGCCGGGAGCCGGCCAGGGUCAUCAGGGAAGCACUGUCGAAGGCGCUGGUGAAGUACUACCCCUUCGCGGGGCGGUUCGUGGACGAUCCCGAGGGCGGCGGCGAGGUUCGUGUCGCUUGCACUGGCGAGGGCGCUUGGUUCGUCGAGGCCAAGGCGGACUGCAGCUUGGAGGACGUGAAGUACCUCGAUCUCCCGCUCAUGAUCCCUGAGGACGCGCUCCUGCCCAAGCCCUGCCCGGGACUGAACCCCCUCGACCUCCCUCUCAUGCUGCAGGUGACAGAGUUCGUGGGCGGCGGAUUCGUGGUCGGCCUCAUCUCCGUCCAUACCAUCGCCGACGGCCUCGGCGUCGCCCAGUUCAUCAACGCCGUCGCCGAGAUCGCCCGUGGCCUGCCGAAGCCCACCGUGGAGCCUGCAUGGUCCCGGGAGGUCAUACCCAACCCACCUAAGCUGCCUCCCGGUGGCCCGCCCGUGUUCCCCUCCUUCAAGCUGCUCCACGCCACCGUCGACCUAUCCCCUGACCACAUCGAUCACGUCAAGUCCCGACACUUGGAGCUCACCGGCCAGCGCUGCUCUACCUUCGACGUCGCCGUCGCCAACCUGUGGCAGUCCCGCACGCGCGCCAUCAACCUGGACCCCGGCGUCGACGUGCACGUGUGCUUCUUCGCCAACACUCGCCACCUGUUGCGCCAGGUCGUCCUCCUGCCCCCCGAGGAUGGCUACUACGGCAACUGCUUCUACCCGGUGACCGCCACCGCCCCAAGCGGCAGGAUCGCAUCGGCCGAGCUCAUCGAUGUCGUCAGCAUCAUCAGGGACGCCAAGUCGAGGCUGCCGGGCGAGUUCGCCAAGUGGGCUGCCGGGGAUUUCAAGGACGACCCUUACGAGCUCAACUUCACGUACAACUCGCUGUUCGUGUCGGACUGGACCCGGCUCGGCUUCCUCGACGUCGACUACGGCUGGGGCAAGCCCCUCCACGUUAUACCGUUCGCGUACUUGGACAUCAUGGCGGUCGGCAUCAUCGGGGCGCCGCCGGCGCCGCAAAAGGGGACUCGGGUGAUGGCGCAGUGCGUCGAGAAGGAGCACAUGCAGGCGUUCCUGGAAGAGAUGAAAGGCUUCGCUUAAACCAGCAGCAGUGUAGUACUUCUCAGUAUCCUAUAAUAAUGUCCGAGUUCAACGUUUCA